AUGGCACAAAUAGGCACACUCAUCUUAUCUGAGGCUCUCUCAUCGCUGCCUUCAGUCCCAGCUUCUCACCAACAACUCCGCACUCAAACACGCACCACCGUUCGUAACCCCUCCUCCCCAGCUCCGGUGCUAGUUAUCCUCGACGAUGACCCAACAGGAACACAAACAUGCCACGAUAUCACCAUCUUGACAGUUUGGGAUGUCCAAGACCUAGUCUCAGCAUUCAAGCAAGUCGGGACAGGCAAUGGCUUCUUCAUCCUCACCAAUUCGCGCGCCCUUCAUCCCCCGCAAGCACGUGAUCUCAUGAUCGAGAUCUGCACCAAUCUUAAGACAGCUUCCCAAGAGACAAACCUCCCUUAUGAAAUUGUGCUACGCGGUGACUCUAUCUUACGAGGCCAUUUUCCUCUUGAGCCUGAGGCGGUGGAGCAUGUGAAUGGCGCAUUUGACGCGUGGAUAUUGUGUCCGUUCUUCCUACAGGGCGGACGAUACACCAUAAACGAUAUUCACUACGUUCACGAGGGUGAUAAGCUCAUCCCUGCAGCUGAAACGCCUUUUGCAAAGGAUGCUACGUUUGGAUACAAGAGUUCUAAUCUUCAGGACUAUGUCGUUGAGAAGUCCAAGGGAAAGAUUCCGCAUGACAAUAUUGACUCUAUCGAUCUGGAGACUAUUCGUGUCGGCGGUUCAGAAGCAGUUCUGAAGAAGAUCAUGCGGCUUCCAAAACGAAGCGGCACUCCUGUUGUGCUCGUGAUUAACGCGGCUGCAGAUGAAGAUAUCGACGUUGUAGUCACAGCGCUUCUCCAAGCGUCGCAGCAGGGAAAGAAGUUCUUGUACCGAACAGGCGCUGCUUUUGUCUCAGCACGUCUAGGCAUCUCAUCUAUUCCACCUCUCUCAGCUAGCCAACUCGGAUUGUCAAAGGACGUCGGUGGUCUCAUAAUCGCCGGUUCAUAUGUACCCAAAACCACCGCGCAACUUGAUUCUCUGGUUCAGAAGUCGGGAAAUAAUUUGACCACUAUCACGCUCAACGUCAAAGCCCUCCUCAAAUCCGAUGAGGCAGCGAAAGAAGACGUCGCAAAAGCAAUUGAGCUUGCGUCACAGCAUAUCAAGCACGGGCAGGAUGUUUUGGUCAUGACAAGCCGGGAGCUCAUCGUUGGCAAAGAUGAAGUUGAGAGUCUUGAUAUUGGAUCAAAGAUUGCACUGGCGCUGGUGUCCUUUUUGCAGGGACUGGAGCAGAAGCCUCGUUACGUUAUCGCCAAAGGCGGAAUUACAUCGUCGGAUAUGGCGACGAAGGGAUUGAGGAUGAAGCGGGCUCUUAUCGUUGGCCAGGCUGCACCUGGAGUUCCGAUGUGGAGGUGCGAUGAGCCGGAGUCGAAGUGGCCUGGGCUGAACUACGUUGUUUUCCCCGGAAAUGUUGGGCAUAAUGAUAGUUUGUAUGAAGUCGUGAGGCAGUGGAAGGAGUUUUAG